AUUUCUGUAUAAAAUUGUACAAAAAUAUACUAUCCGUUUCGAUAUGUGAACUUAAAUGAAAAUUAUGAAAUUUUGUAAUAAUAAAAUAAUCAUAAUAAAGGUUUAUGGGUAAUACUCGAAGAAUCCCAGAAUCUGUUAUACAAUACCAUAGGUGAGUUGACUCAUUUUUAUUUUAUUCCCAUCCCUAAUUCCCUCUCCCUCUCCCUAGCGGCCCUCCCUGCACGGACCAAAAACAAUCCCAUAACCUUUUUUUUAGAAAUCGAAUGGGAAUCCAUUAUUGACCAUAGACUAAAAUAUCCCUCCAUGGCCGAAUUCGUCGCUGUCAAGCCUUUUAUUUAAUUUCUUUCAAAUAUGAAGCUCCGUCAAUGAUUUUGUGUGGGUUUAUAGUGUGGAAGUGAUCGUGUGGUGGCGCGGGCUCGGCGACCGGUCACCAUGUUCAGCGGCACGGUGCGCGUCAAGGUGUGCGAGGCCACGGGGCUCCGGCCGACCGACUUCCAGAAACGGCACAACAUGACCUUCGGGAAGCCAGACGACCAGCCGAUAGACCCGUACGUGUCCAUCGACGCGGACGAACACCACCUCGACCGCUCCAGCACCAAGCCCAAGACCUUCGACCCUGUCUGGAACGAGACCUUCAUCCAUGAGGUGCACAAUGUCACCAGCUUGGGUAUCACUGUGUUCCACGAUGCAGCAAUUCCUCCGGAUGACUUUGUUGCAAACUGCACUAUUCCUUUUGAAGAUCUGAUGCACCGUGAUAAGGAUGCCACAGACUUUUGGGUGGAUCUGGAACCUCAAGGAAAACUGCAUCUCAAAGUUGAUCUGAAAUGGAAUUCUCAAGCGGGUGCAGACCCGGGCGCAGCGGCACGAGCCGCGCGGCCCGCCGGGGGCGGCGGAGGCCGGGAGUUCAAGGAGGGCGCGGGGUUCGCGCGGCGGCGUGGGGCCAUGCGGCGCCGCGUGCACCAGGUCAACGGACACAAGUUCAUGGCCACCUUCCUGCGACAGCCCACCUUCUGCUCGCACUGCCGGGAGUUCAUCUGGGGCCUAGGAAAGCAAGGAUACCAGUGCCAAGUGUGCACCUGUGUCGUGCACAAACGCUGCCACUCCUCGGUCGUUACCAAGUGCCCCGGCAUGAAGGAAGAACAGCAGGGCGGCGUGGGCGUGUCCGGCGGCCAGCGGUUCAGCGUGAACGUGCCGCACCGCUUCGUGGUGCACUCGUACAAGCGGUUCACGUUCUGCGACCACUGCGGCUCGCUGCUCUACGGCCUCAUCAAGCAGGGGCUGCAGUGCGAAGUGUGUUCGAUGAACGUGCACAAGCGGUGCCAGAAGAACGUGGCCAACAACUGCGGCAUCAACACCAAGAUGAUGGCCGAGAUCCUCAGCGAGAUGGGCAUCUCCCCGGACAAGACGCCGGGCCGUCCGCGCGGCGCCAGGCAAUACAACCCGGUGGUGGAGCCGGCCGAGGCGUCGCCCGGGGACGGCGAGCCCAAGGAGCCCACGGACAAGCACGACGAGAAAGGCGUGCGCGACCCGUGGGGCGCCCAGUGGGCCGAGCUGCAGGAGAUAUUCACCUGUUACGAAGCGCUGCACUCGCCGGCGCCGGCGCCGCAGCAGUGGGGCUCGCACUGGGACGACCUGCGCGACAUAUUCUCCUGCUACGACGAAGGUGCAGUGUGCGGCGGGGGCGGCGGCGCGGGCAAGGUGGCGCUGGAGGACUUCACCUUCAUCAAGGUGCUGGGCAAAGGCUCGUUUGGGAAGGUCAUGCUGGCUGAGAAGAAGGGCACGGACGAGGUGUACGCGGUGAAGGUGCUGAAGAAGGACGCCAUCAUCCAGGACGACGACGUGGAGUGCACGCUGACGGAGCGGCGCGUGCUGGCGCUGGCGGCGCGGCACCCGUUCCUCACGGCGCUGCACUGCGCCUUCCAGACCAGGGACCGGCUGUUCUUCGUCAUGGAGUACGUGGACGGCGGCGACCUCAUGUUCCAGAUACAGCGCGCCAGGAAGUUCGACGAGCCGCGCGCCAGGUUCUACGCGGCCGAGGUGACCCUGGCGCUGCAGUUCCUGCACUCGCACGGCGUCAUCUACCGCGACCUCAAGCUCGACAACAUCCUGCUGGACAGCGAGGGCCACUGCAAGCUGGCUGACUUCGGCAUGUGCAAGGAGGGCAUCAUCGACGGCGCGACCACCACCACGUUCUGCGGCACCCCGGACUAUAUCGCGCCUGAGAUCCUGCAGGAGCUGGAGUACGGCGUGUCGGUAGACUGGUGGGCGCUGGGCGUGCUGCUGUACGAGAUGCUGGCGGGGCAGCCGCCCUUCGAGGCCGACAACGAGGACGACCUGUUCGAGUCCAUCCUGCACGACGACGUGCUCUACCCCGUCUGGCUCUCCAAAGACGCCGUCUCCAUACUCAAGGGCUUCAUGAGCAAGAACCCGUCGCGGCGGCUGGGCGUGGCGGGCGGCGCGGCCGGCAUCCGGCAGCACGCCUUCUUCAAGGACGUGGACUGGGACGCGCUGCACGCGCGCCGCCUGCGCCCGCCCUUCCGGCCCAAAGUCCGGUCGCGGCGCGAGGCGGUGAACUUCGACGCGGAGUUCACCAAGGAGGAGCCCGUGCUCACGCCCGUGCCCAUCGACGUCAUCAGGACCAUCAACCAGGAGGAGUUCCGCGGGUUCUCGUUCGUGAACGCCGACUACAACCCCGCGCCGCCAGCCGACCACUGAGGCCGCCACACACGCCACGGAAAUUGCAUACGAGUGCUACCGACCGCCAUACUUGUUUGGGUAAACUUAGAGACAAAUUAGCUGCGACACGGCCCGCGGCCGCCCGUGACGUCACCGGUGCCACCUCCGUCGCUCGAACCGGCCGCGCGGCGCGACGAGUCGCGUUCCGCUAGUUGCAAUCGCAUGCACGCACCUCCGCGCCGCGCGGGCGGUCGUCGGCGGUGACGUCACGCGCCGGCGCCGAUCUCCUUCGGCCGAAAUUAGCGGUAGAGCCGGCAGUAUGUUACCGUAGUGUCACGUAGCCGUUAUCUCGGCGUCUGUCAGAUUGUUUUCUUAUGAGAUUCUGUCCACACGCCUAGCCCCUAGCCGGGCCCCGGCUCCGUAGGUAUCAUAGUUACUAUGCCACCGUAGUGCGUGUUAUAUAAAUUAUGGUGUAAACUGAGUGGCCUCCGGUCCGCGACCUCCGCAGCCCCGGCCGUGCGGGGCGUUGCCCCGACGAUAUACUAUUACGACGUACAAAUUCAUUACAGUACAAAAGUCAUACAACAAUCUCUCACAUCAAAAUACUUGACUCUAAACUACAGGUCAAACGGAAUCAAUUAACUUUACACUCACAAUAAUGUUGACAUAGGUUCGUGCAAAAGUAUACAAGUAGCUUAAAUAUUAACGCACAAACCCGUACCCGUAGUUCCGAGGUCGACAUGGGUGACGUUAGUUAAUUGCCUUCCGCCUGCGGCGCGGGCGCAGGAGGUCGCGGACCGCGGGCCACGGACUAAUCACGCGCAAAAAUGAUAAAAAUGUUACAAAAUCGUCGAACUCUUAGUUUGUUGAUGCGAUGAUGAGUAUAUUUUCCAUUGAGAUUACCUAUUAUAACGAUAUAUUGAGAGGUUAGAGCAAUUAUCGAUCGUUGUACAUAUUGAGCAGGUCGUACGCAGCCGCCGCAGUAACCCCACCCGCAGCCGCAGGUGUAUCCAGUCUAGUCGUUCGUUGUGUACGUGUUAUUGCAUAGCAUAAUGUUACAAUACUCAGCCGCGGCCGCCCGCUGCGGGCCCGCGUCAUCUCUCAUAUCGAAUUUGUCCUAUUCAUUUGAGAUUUUACCGUUUAUUUUAUUUUUGUUGUAUUUUUUUUACGUAUAUUGUAUACACGUUUUGUCGAGUACUAUGAGUACAAACGGCGUCGCCCGCCGGGCCGGCCCCCGUCGGCCCGCCGGGUCAGUAUUCUACUUAGUAUUAUUUGUUUAGAUGUAAUCACAUAAACCAAAGGUGUUAAGUUUAAUUUCUAGUUAAAUAUUUAGUUGUUUAGAUGUCUCGGGAUCGCCGAGCGUCGGGGCGGCGGACAGCGCAGAGAACAAAGCACAAAUGUAAUGCUUUAUGUAGUGUUUAGUGUACGAUAAUAUUAUAAAUAAAUAUAAAUUAUAAAUCUCUGUACGUGUUCCCGAUAUAUUGACAUGUUAUAUAUAAAUAUCUCACAUUGACAUGUAUGUGUUAUGUAUUUUUAUCAGAUCGUCGUUGGUUUCGUAUGAGACGUUAUUUUUGUAUAGGCCGUUUAUGUUAUACUCACGCGACCCAGCGUCGCAUCGUUUGUAUGUAUCGUAUCUGGACGUUUCUCUGUCGUAGGGUAAGCUCGAUGUCUGUGCGGAUUAAUUUUGAUGUGGAUCAUUGAUACUAAUACACGUAGAGUAGCGGAGCGGCGAGCCUGCGGGCCCGCCGCGUGUGGAGCCGACCUCUUGUUGUAUUUUACAGUUAAUGUACGUUUUGGAGAGUAUUUUUAAUUUUUGAGAUUUUACACUUUUAUUUUUGAAAUUCUGGAUUGUUUCCGAUGCGGAGUACGUGUAGGUUAAUUGUAAUCGUGUAGUACGAGCCGCCGUCGCAGGCGCCGCCGCCAUACUGGACGAAGUGACAGUUGCGGCCGGACAGUAUGUAGCGAUCUCGGUGACGGCGAAGCUUGUGCGAGUCCAGUCGAGUUACAUUUAUAUCGUAAUAAUUUAUUUUUUUCGAAUUGUGAUUAUAAUUUUGUAGUCAGUUUUGAGUAAUGGAAUAAUAUUUAUAAUAAUAGGAUUAACUAUAGCGUUCGGUAUUAAUUUAUGUGCGCGCCUGUCACCGAUUGUGCCAAAGUACCCUGGAGCGGCCGGCGGCGGCGGCGCAGUGCAGUAGGUGUAGUGCCGUCGUGGCGUCGUGUCGUAGCGCCCGCCGCCGCCGCUGCUGCAUGCAGACAGUACACCGGGCGGGCCCCGCCGGCGGGGCGCUCCAGCGACCUUUACAAAUCCUCCACUAAAGGCACCGGGCCUGUUUCGCUUCCAUAUUACAAUUUGUUAUUACUUGUUGUUACUUAUUUUUAUAGUAAUAAUUAUGAUUGUUUCCGUCGUUUGAUUAGUUAAUUCAAAUGUAUUUAAUUUAGUGAUUUGACAACUUUGUGUCGGUGGAUCUCAGGGCUUGUAUGCGCAAACUUGUCAAAUAAGGAUCUGUAGUGGAUGUGGAAGCGAAGAGCGCCGACGAUGUAUAUGGAGCGAGCGCGGGCAACCCAACCAGCCCCGCCACCCCGCCCGCGGGGCCGCCAGCGAAACACGACAUAUCACACUAUAUUCUGUUGAUUUAUUCACAUAUAUUUUAUAUAUCGUCACGAUGUUUUAUCGAACAUGUCCUGUGUCAAACAUAGCGCAUUGUUUUAUCGCGGUCGUUACAUAACGUUAGUUUUUACUCAUAUUUGAAAGCUUAUCAAAGUAUAUUUUACGCUUCCCAGAGGCGCUGUAAGCCAAAGAUGAUGAAUAUUGUACAAAGCGGCUUAAAGCCUUAUUUACGUUGUGUUUAGUUGAAUCUUGCCAGUGUUGCGUACGUGUGUGUGAGCCGCGGGCGCCCGCGGGGCCGGGCCACGCCGGCGGGGCCACGCGGCCCGCGCGGGGUGUACCACUUGAAUGUUUUGCGUUAUGGAUACCCUCGCCGUACACCAACAGCUGAACCACGAAUAUAACAGCCCGCGUGAACUAAGGUACUAAUGUGUGUGUAUCGCCCCGUAACACGUUAAUGAUCUACAACCACUCUUCCCUGUAAACUCUCGGAUAGUCGGUGCGACUGUGUCGGUGCGGCGGCGAGAGUAUUGCAAGUUGCCAUAUUGUUUUCUAGUUCAUAAUGUAGAGUGUGGCGCCCGCGGGUGUAUGUGUAAUGUGUUAUAACUGUAGCUAACACUGCGGCGAGCGGCCGGCGCGGGCCCCGCUGGCGCGGCCCAGUGGCCUCAUGUCCCGGCGCCACCUCGCUCGGCCCCCGGCGGCGAGUCCCGGCCUCUCUCAUGCUGCCUCAUUCAGCUAUCGACACUCUUUCUCGUUCUUCCUUCGCUUUUUAUUCCUCUUGCACAUUUUCCAAAGUACAAUAAUGUAAGUAAGCUAAUAAUAUAUUUAGGGAAGGGGAGGCAUCGGAUUGCCACACAUAGUUUACCAUAUUAUUUGCAGCAUGAGAGAUAGCCGCCAGUGUCACCGCUCGGUCCCUCCCCUGCCUCCCCUGCAGGGCCUCGUGGCGCGGUGCCGCCGGGGUCCGACCGUCGCCGCGGCCGCUCGCGACAUUACCUAUUUGUUGUUUGUUCACGGAUCACUACUAGAUCACACUAGCUGAAUAAUUAAUGCAUAUAAUAUAGUUUUAUGACGAGAUAAAAUAUGUAUAUGUAAUCCUACAUGUCUAUUAAAUCAAUGAAAAUAGAUUAUAA